ACGUUCUACUAGGCCAGGCCACUGGAUAAGCCCACCGGCGGCGGCAGGCUGAUCGGCGAUGGAGGGGAAGCCGCUCCAUCUCCUCCUCCCCAACCCUCGCCGCUCAUUCCCCGGCCACCUCCCCAACAAUCCCAACCAUCACCUCCCCGCGUCCCGCCUCCGCUUCUGCCUCCGCCACCGCAAGCCGAAGGCGAAGCAGCUCGCCGUCUCCCGGCAGCAUCCGUCGCCGCGCGACAGCCAAUUGGGCACGCCCGGCCGCGGAGGCUGGGAUUUGGCGCGGAGCGCCUCCGCGGCUGCCCUGGCGCUCCAUCUGGCCGUCUGCUCCCUCCUCAUCCUUUCCCCCACCUCCGCACGCGCCUGCGUCCACCCACCUCCUCCCGCCGCCGCCGCCGUGGAGGCAAAGGAGGAGGAGGACGACGACGAGGAGUGGGAGGCGGCGCUGCAGCAGUGGAAGUCCAAGACCUACGCGCUCUCCGUGCCCCUCCGGGUCGUCGCGCUCCGCGGCUCCUUCCCUCCCACAUGGAUCAAGGAUUUCGUUGAAGUACAGGGAAAGAGGCUCAAGUUCAGCCCCGAGUUCCGCCCUAGCAUUGACGCCCUCUUCUCCGAGCUGUCGCAGUGUGUGGACAAAGGUCAAGUUCAGCCGAAAUCCGCCAUGGCGGCUGAUGUAGUUUCGAUCGGGGACUCUUGGCUCGGCUACGCCAUCCGUAAGGGACUGGUAGAACCUAUCAAGAAUGCUGAAGAACAGGAUUGGUAUAAGAGCCUAAGUGACAGAUGGAAGGUUCAUUUGUGCAGGAACCAGAAUGGAGAGGCGGAUUCUAAUGGCUCAGUAUGGGGUGUUCCAUACAGAUGGGGCACUGUGGUCAUUGCUUACAAGAAAAACAAAUUUAAGCAGCACAACUUGAAGCCAAUACAGGAUUGGGAGGAUUUGUGGAGGCCUGAACUUGCCGGGAAGAUUUCAAUGAUUGAUUCUCCUAGAGAGGUCAUUGGUGCAGUUCUUAAACAGUUGGGAUCAUCAUAUAACACGAUUGACAUGGAAACCGAAGUUAGUGGUGGUAGAGAAGCAGUCUUAAACAGCUUUACACAGCUACAGAAGCAGGUCCAGCUAUUUGACAGCAUGAACUAUCUCAAAUCGUUUGGAGUUGGGGAUGUUUGGGUCACAGUGGGCUGGAGCAGUGAUGUCAUCCCUGCUGCAAAGCGAAUGUCUAAUGUUGCUAUUGUUGUUCCAAAGUCAGGCAGUAGCCUCUGGGCUGAUCUAUGGGCGAUACCUUGUGCGACAGGAUUUCAGACUGACCGAAUUGGUGGCAGAACUAGAGGCCCAUCUCCACUCAUCCACCAGUGGUUUGAUUUCUGCUUGCAGAGUGCCAGAAGCUUACCCUUUCGCCAAGAGAUCAUCCCAGGAGCAUCGCCGCUGUUCCUCGAGAACCCAGCACCAGAGGUUCCUCAAGAUAUAAACAAGAAAAAACCAAAGCUGGAAAGUAAUCUUGUCAGGGGAGUACCUCCCCCUGAAAUCCUAGAAAAAUGCGAGUUCUUAGAACCUCUCUCGGACAAAGCAUUGGGUGACUACCAGUGGCUGAUGUCGAGAGUGCAGAGACCACGAGGCGGUCUGCUUGGAAACGUUCUGCAGAAGAUAUCAUCUGUUCUAGGCGUUAAAUUGAGAUUUUAGAGCACACACCUAUGAUUAUGAAUUUCAGCAUUUUUUGAGACGACCACUAACUAACCAAUAGGUCAUGCAUAGGAUCCAGUGCUUAUAGUACUAAAAACCUCUCGCUGGAAACUUGAUAUAAACUAACUCUGAGAUUUGGAUGACAAAUGCUGCUGUGGAUCAUCUCGGCAAGUUUCUCGUUUAGUAAAGGAACAAAGUACGAAUUGAGUGGAA